GGACGGACCGGAAGUCGCUGGGGAGCCCCACGCGAGUGGCUUCUUAAGCUUUCAGGCUGGGAAGGCAAGGCAAGGCGGGGAGGGAGUGAGGCUCCGGCAGCUGGGCGCCUCUCUUGCCUUCUCUUGCAGGAAGCCAGGAGCUGCUUUGGCUGAAGAUGCUGCCCUCCAUGCAUGGCAUUCUGGGAAGUGCCAGUUUCCUCUGCCAAAGGCCUCUGCGGCGGACCUCACAGAAACUAUUCCAAGCCUGGCAUUCUACUUGUGGUCUGGAUUCAAGAACAUGUACAGAGGAAGAUGCCAAAGGCAAGGGAAGCUUGGAAGACUUCCAUGCCAAGUUGGCAGCCGGGCCAUCUUUGCAGCAUUUCCUCCAAGGAGUCACGCAUCAUGUCCAGGAAACCCACCCCUUGCCAGCUGAAGCGGAGGAGGCCUCGGCACCCUAUCUGGGUCCCAGCACCUUGACAGGGCCACCGAGGAAAGUGUACCUGGAAACCUACGGCUGUCAGAUGAACGUCAGCGAUACAGAGAUUGCCUGGUCUGUUCUUCAGAAGAGUGGCUACCGAAGGACCACUAGACUGGAAGAGGCUGAUGUGAUUCUCCUCGUCACGUGUUCCAUCAGAGAGAAGGCUGAGCAGACGAUCUGGAACCGCCUGAACCACCUCAAGGCUGUGAAGUUGAAGCGGCCUGCCUCGCAAGGAGCGCUCCGGAUUGGGAUUUUAGGCUGCAUGGCCGAGAGGCUGAAGGAGAAGAUCUUGGACCAGGAGAGGUUGGUUGAUGUUGUGGCCGGUCCAGAUGCCUACCGUGAUCUUCCCCACCUCCUGGCGUUGGCCGAAUCUGGCCAGCAAGCUGCCAAUGUCCUGCUUUCCCUGGAGGAAACCUAUGCGGAUAUCCUGCCUAUCCAGACCUGCCCCAGUGCCACCUCUGCCUUUGUAUCCAUCAUGCGCGGCUGUGACAACAUGUGCAGCUAUUGCAUUGUGCCAUUCACCCGCGGGCGUGAGCGGAGCAGGCCCCUUGCCUCCAUCCUCCAGGAAGUUCAGAUGCUCUCAGAUCAGGGUGUGAAGGAAGUGACCCUCUUGGGCCAGAAUGUCAAUAGUUACCGGGACACCUCCGAGGUCCAGUUCCUCUCAGCAGCCCCAAGUCGCCUGAGCCGAGGCUUCAGCACUAUCUACAAACCCAAACAGGGUGGGUUGCGUUUUGCAGAACUCCUGGACCGUGUCUCUGCCAUUGACCCAGAGAUGAGGAUCCGUUUCACUUCCCCACACCCCAAAGACUUCCCAGAUGAGGUCUUCCAGCUCAUGAAGGAAAGGCACAACAUCUGCAAGCAGCUGCACCUCCCUGUCCAGAGCGGAAGCACGCGCGUCCUGGAAGCCAUGAGGAGAGGGUAUACACGAGAAGCUUACUUGGAGCUGGUACAGCACAUCCAUGACUCUUUACCAGGUGUGACCCUCAGCAGUGAUAUCAUCGCCGGCUUCUGUGGGGAGACAGAGGCUGACCAUCAGCAGACGGUGUCCCUCAUUCAUGAAGUCCGCUACAAUACAGCCUUCAUCUUUGCCUACAGUGAGCGCCAGAAAACCCGGGCAUUUCACCGCCUGAAGGAUGACGUGCCGCCUGACGUGAAGCAUCGCCGGGUUAAGGAGCUCAUGGACGUCUUCCGGGAGGGGGCUUUGCAAGCCAACGCAGCUGCUGUGGGUCACAUGCAAGUGGUUUUGGUGGAAGGGCCCAGCAAGCGCUCUACUUUGGAGUUAUCUGGCAGGAAUGACGGUAACAUCAAAGUGAUCUUCCCUGAUGUGGAGAUGGACGAUGGCACUGACUCAGGAUCAGUGGUCCAUGCCCAGCCCGGAGAUUACGUCCUGGUGAAGAUCUCUUCUGCCAACUCUCAGACGCUGAAGGGCAUCGCGCUCCGUCGAACCACGCUAAGAGAAUCUGCAGCAUUUGGCUGAUGCUAUCCUUCAAGAAGCAAAACACAAUGGCCAGGUUGUUUUUUCCCUGCCAAAGAGAAGCGAAAGGACUCUCAGUAAUAAAUACCAACAGGAUCAUGCUGGAUCCCUGAACCAGAAUCUGGUACAGACCAGCAUGACUUAGCUAAAUCAGAGUUGAUGGAAGCACCUCUUGAAAAAUUCAUGGACUGCUAUGUAGCUCUAGCCAGUUUUCUUCCUUGUAAUGUUGUACAUGAAUAAACCUGUGUGUUUAUUUCACAC